GGCGCCCCCCCCUCACUCGCGCGUUAGGAGGCUUGGCUCGGUGUGCUGCGCCUUGUUCCCGCCUGCGUCAGGGACCUUCCCGGCUCAGUGGCCGCCAUGGCAUCAGACGAAGGCAAGCUUUUCGUCGGAGGGCUGAGCUUUGACACCAACGAGCAGUCGCUGGAGCAGGUCUUCUCAAAAUACGGGCAGAUCUCGGAAGUGGUGGUCGUGAAAGACAGGGAGACCCAGCGGUCGCGAGGCUUUGGGUUUGUCACAUUUGAGAACAUCGACGAUGCCAAGGACGCCAUGAUGGCCAUGAACGGGAAGGUCUCUGUUUCCAGUCUGUGGACGGGCGGCAGAUCCGAGUGGACCAGGCCGGCAAGUCCUCCGACAACCGAUCCCGCGGGUACCGAGGUGGCUCUGCUGGGGGCCGGGGCUUCUUCCGAGGGGGCCGAGGCCGGGGCCGUGGGUUCUCCAGAGGAGGAGGGGACCGAGGGUACGGAGGGAGCCGGUUCGAGUCCAGGAGUGGGGGCUAUGGAGGCUCCAGAGACUACUACAGCAGCAGGAGUCAGGGUGGCGGCUAUGGUGACAGGAGCUCGGGCGGGUCCUACAGAGACAGCUACGACAGUUACGCUACACACAACGAGUAAAAAUCCUUCCUGCUCAAGAUCGUCCUUCCAAUGGCUGUAGAUUUAAAGAUUUUGGGAGCUUCGCUGAAUCGUUCAUGUGUAGUGAACACACCUCCUUGUACCCCACUUUUGUAGUCCUAUCCGUUCUGAUCUUGUCAAACACAGCCUGACUGCUUCUGACCCCCAGAUGGCUUCAUUCCUACAUUUCUCUUCUUCAGGAAGCAUUGUCCAUUUUUAAGGGUUUUAAAAUGUUCUGAAAAGCACUUCAGAUUUUACUUUUUUCUUUUUACCACGAGCCGUAAGUUUUUUAGGAAAUCUUUGGGGGUUGCGUGGGUUUUGGUUUUGGUCGUGUUGCCUUUUUUCUCUUUUUAGUGGGGUUAGGCCUGUGAGGUCGGGUGCCCCGAUUCACUUCACUUUAAGAUCGAACGGACUCCGAAUCCGCUUUUUGUUGGAAGCUGAGCGAGCUUGGCUUUUUUCCAGCUCUGUGUACCGUUUCUGCGUGUAGCGUGGUAGGACCCAUGCUGGGGCAGUGGCAGGGGUGCCCCGGGCCUGGCCCGGCCGGCCCUUCCGUGCUGUGGAUGACCCACAGCAGAGUUGCAGGUGUCCCUUCGAGAGGUUCUUGAAAAUGUUUAUUUAUAUUGUCUUUUUUUACUAGAAGACGUACGCGUCACCCAUUGAUGUUGUAUUUGAAGUGGUUAAGGAACUCUUGUACGCAGUUUUCUUUGGCUUUACGAAGCCGAUUAAAAGACCGUCUGAAACGAACCUUGCUCUGACAAUUUCCCUUUCAUUGCACAACACACUCCCUGCUCUGGGUUCGAGGCAGUCAGAACAGAGCAGAAAGGGCAGUUCGAGAAGUAGGUCUGCUGGUCCCGCCUGAGGCCCUUGGAGAGCUGGACAGGGAAGGCACGGUAGACGGGCGCUGGCCGGGCCCCUCGUGACAGCUGACCGCCAUCGGUCCCAGUGAGGCGUGUAGGCGGGCGACGGGGUGGGCAGCUUAGCGGGGGACGGUGGACACUCGGGCACGUGACGGCGACCCAGACUGCCGUAGUUGAGGAGCAGGCCAGACGGCGGUCGGCAGGCAGCGUCCCCGGGCGACCGCAGACUGACCGGCUCGUUAGCUAGCUCUGCCGCUGCUUUACACGUUCUGAGCCGUCACCGCUAGCCUAUGGAAGCUGCAGCCUCGGAGGACAGAAGUGUUGUGCGCCCAACAGAAACCUCUGAGACGCAAGCUGCUCCCUUGGCUAGCUCAUAUGUGGAAGUAGCCCUGUAAUUCGAGGUAACUCCUUUUGCUCGUGUCCGCAUCCCUCCUCUUGUCGAGAGCUCGUUUGAGAGUAAAACUUAUGUACCUGGGGAAUGUUCCUUUGACUGUUUUUCCUUUUCCAUUUUUCUUUCCUUUUUUAUAAAAGUUUUUAAUUUUUUUUAAGUCGAACUAGAACUAAAGUCAGACCUCGGCCAUUUGCCCUUCCCCGCCUGCAGCCAGGCGAGCGGCCUGGGCAGUCCUGCUGCAAGAGUAGGUUCGCUCCAUAAGCAGGAUUGGAGACCACCGAACGCCCUGCCUUUUGGAAUUUUUGUUCAUCAAUUGACAGUCUUUUCCAGACCUCCCUCCCUCAGGCGCCCAGCUAGCUUUCUCAGAUGUCUGUUGCCGCCAUGAGUUUUUCCCAGAGCCCACACCGUUCUCUAAGCAGCUCCAUCCCAAUCGGGUAGCUGGCUCUGCUUAAGGGUGGAACGCGGCCCGGCCCAGCUGGAAGGCACAGGCCCACCCUGGGCACGCCAGCCCGGGACGGCGCCUCUGCCGGGACGGCCCCGAUGUCUAGUUUGAGACCCUUGUAGGAGCUGUGGAUGGUUUCAGGGGAGGUGAGGAGGGACAGAUGUGACCUGUGGCCAAGACCCUGGGCAUAAUGCUUCUUUGCUUUGGCAGGUUGAAGGGAAGCCAGCGUGAGUUGGAAGCGCGGCCAGAGAGCAGUGAGGAGUGGGGGUCGCUGUCCCAGAAGGGACCUCAUCUGGAAGCGAGAGCCAGAGGCGCAGCCACCGCUCUUCAAACCCUAUCCCCUGCCCCUCACUGGGGAGGCCGAGGUGCCAGGGACCCAAGUUGCUCCUGGAGGACAGACGCGUUUGUGGCCCAGGCACCUCCCCGCAGCCAGGACUCCCCCUCGGCGGGAGCAGGACCCGGAAGUCGGCUUUAAAUAAAGGGCUGGUGUGUCCACACAGAAA